UUGCGUCUGAAAAAGCGUUAGAACCCACCCGUCUUACACAUCAAUAGCUUGACGAGAUGAACACUCCUUUCCCCCUAUUGUUUCUUUUUGCGUGGCUACUACUGCUGUCCAGCGAAGUAAGCUCACGGCCGCAGGCGGGAAGCAAGCAUGAUACCCCAGACCGAUCUGUGGUCCCAAAUCCAGCCAUCACGCGUAAGAUGAAGGAAUUCAAAACAGAAGUCAUCAAAUCGAGGAUACUGAGCGAAGUAAAUCUUCUGGAACCUCCUGUCAUUACGGAACCAGUGCACAUUCCUCAGCACUUAUUGAAUCUCCUCAUUGAGAAUGAAGUAAAAGAAUUCACUCUUGGCGAAGGAGAAAAUUUAAUAGCAUAUCCAUUUAAUGAUAAUACCACUUGCCGAAAUGAAACAUCUUGUGCAAAAUACGAGUUUAAAUUGUCACCGGAUAGCAAACCUAUGUCAUCGAUGCAUCUUUGGAUUCAAAAGAAGGAAAAAUCCAUGCCCAUAGAAGUGACGGUUUGCCUUUUUACUUCACCGGCGGAAGAAGAGCAAGAAUGCGAAUACCAGGAAAAACUCAUCGAAGUGAAGACCGAAAAAGGAUGGUCUAUAUUUGAACUUCCCUACAAGUUUUUCAUGGAGCCCAAAAGUGAAUCCUUAUUUUGCACGGUAGAGAUAUCUGGUUCAAUUACUGAAAUACGUGGAGAUCAAAAACCAUUUAUUGUUGCAAAUUUGAAUCCUGCUGCCUCGGAGAGAAAAAGGAGAAGCACUGUUAACGAUGCCAACAAAAAUUGCACAUGUUGUCUCGUAGAUUUCUAUGUCUCAUUUAAAGAACUGGAUUGGCCUUGGGUAGUAGCUCCUUUAGGAUUUAAUGCAAAUAUGUGCUAUGGAAAAUGUAAUUACCAACUUAAUUCUUAUCCUAGCCACUAUCACAGAAUUUUAAGUACAAUAUUAAACAAUAAAACUACUUCACUUGAAAAUAAAGAGGAUUUGUGGACUCCGUGCUGCAGUCCUACAAAGUUGAAACCUCUGGAUAUGAUUUAUAUAGCUAGUAAUAACACAAGCACCAAUACUUCAACCUCUGUCAUUUAUCAUAAAAUACCUGAUAUGAUAACAGAAUCAUGUGGAUGUUGGUGAAUUCCAUGAAAGAAAUAAGACAAUAGUAUUCAAAUUUUUUAAAACUGGUCAGAUGAAAAGGUCAGAAUAAAGGUUUGCCCUUUAUUCAGCAUCAGAUAAUUUUUGUCAAAAAGUACUAUACGAUUGAAAAAAUAAUUUUUAUGAAAAAUAAAAGCUUAACUAAGCUGUGAUUUCAUAUACUAGUGAAAUAAGUUGUAAAUAGUAGAUACGUUAAUUUUCUUUCUUAUACACAUCCGGAAAAAAAACUGUUUUGUUAAGGAAAUGUCAUUGUUUGAUGUUUGAACAUGCUUUUUUAUCACUUUCCAUAACUUGUAAUAUUAUAAUUACAUCUGUAAAUUAAAACACCUGCAUGCUAAAUAUCAUUUGUUCUUCAUAUUUAUUUAAUUCCUAUUUGUUUUUUUCCGGAAGUGUAUACUGCAAGAGUUUUUGUUCACAAAUAAAAGUGUUGUUUUUCA